ACAACCUCUCUGCCUCUUCAGAAGUCGCACGCAUGUCCGUUCAACAUCUGCGCUAAACGCUGGCGAGCUGUGGUCGUGUCAGUGUCAAACCUCGCCGUGCCCGGGAUACCAUGGAAGAGUCGAUGGAAGGUGCUGGUCCUAUCUUCUAACGAGAUCUGAGCUGCUUAAAAAUGUCUGAAUAUAGCCUAUUGAACUAGGAAGAUUUUGGGGGUUUACUUUUUUGGGGGUCAAGUGUUGCUUGUUUUUGCAAAAUUGAUUUAACAGUAGGAAGAAAAGAUGGAGAUACUUUUUGCAUUAUUUUUUAUUUUUACUAACGAGGUUCUGGCGUCCCGGUAUGGCAUGGACAAUAACCUCCAACCAUACAUGCCCAACGUGUGUGUGGAGAGGGAGGUGGCGAUGGUAGCCCAGAGGCAGCCCUGCGUGCAGGCCUUCACACGCAUGGUCAAGGUGUGGAAGCAAGGCUGCGUCGGACAGGCGUGGUGCAUGGGCUAUGAAAGACGGACAGCCUACUAUACUGCCUUCAGACAAGUGUACCGACAGGACUAUCAGACGGUUUACAAGUGUUGCCCUGGAUGGUCACAACUGAACGGAGAAGCUGGGUGCCUCUAUCCGGUGUGCAGCUACGGUGUGUGCUUCAAUGGCGGCCGGUGUCGGGAGGGCUCCAGCCAGCUAUGCCACUGUCCGGCCGGCUUCAACGGACCCAGCUGCCAAUAUGGUGAGUCUCCCAGACAGUCUCUCCCCCGGCGACUUCUUCUGCUCUUCCUCCUAAUGGGAGCACUCGGACUCCGGCCUGGGUUAAUUUCAGGCAAAAGUACAGAGACAGACCAAAGUCAAAUCAAUACUCAGUUAUCAAUACCCAUCAAUACUAUAAACUCUAUCAAUACUAAUUUAGCUCUGAAGCUCCUAUGUAGCAUCCUGCAUAUCACUACAUGUUUUGGUGUUGAGCCUAUGCCUUCUGUCCUGUGGUCAGUGUGUCUGGAGGAGACGUUCGGCCAUGACUGCAGCCUGACCUGUGAGGACUGUUCCAACGGAGGGAGGUGCAGCGCGGGGAGGAACGGCUGCGACUGCCCUGCAGGAUGGGUGGGCAUCGUCUGCAACCAGACGUGUCCUGAGGGGUGGUUUGGUAAAAACUGCUCCUCCCCCUCCAAGUGUAAGAACGGCGCCAGCUGUGAUCCAACCAAUGGGAGCUGCCGCUGUCCGCCGGGGGUCAGCGGCGAACUGUGCCAGGACGGCUGUCCAAAGGGCUUCUAUGGAAAGCAGUGCAACAAGAAGUGUAACUGUGCCAACAACGGCCGCUGCCACCGGACCUACGGGGCGUGUCUGUGUGAGCCCGGGCUCUACGGGAGGUUCUGCCACCUCCCCUGUCCCAAGUGGGCCUUCGGUGCGGGCUGCUCUGGAGAGUGUCCGUGCCUCCAGAAGAACACCUUGGAGUGCCACCGUCGCCAUGGCACCUGUGUAUGCAAACCCGGUUACCAUGGCAACACCUGCGGCCAAGAAUGCGACCCGGGUUCCUACGGCGCGGGCUGUGAGAAGAGGUGCACCUGUCCUCCAGGUGUGUCCUGCCAUCACGUGACCGGGGAGUGCCAGAGGAAAUGCCCGGCCGGUCGUCGUGGCAACAACUGCGAGCAAGAGUGCCCAGAGGGCCGGUUCGGGCCGGGCUGCGACCAGGCCUGUAACUGCACGGGAGCCCCCUGUGAUGAGGUGACGGGGAAGUGCGGCUGUCCCGCGGGAACCUCGGGGAAACACUGCCAGAACCUGUGUGAGGAGGGCUACUGGGGCCCGGCCUGCGGAGAGAGCUGUCCGGCCUGCGAACACGGCGGCGUCUGCGAUAAACACAACGGCUCCUGUGCAUGUCCACCGGGCUUCAGCGGCACACUCUGCCAGGACUCGUGUCCGGUCGGCUGGUUCGGGCAGGGCUGCCAGCUGAGGUGUGUGUGUGAGAACAACGCGCACUGCCACCCGGUGACCGGGCGCUGUACCUGCGCCCCGGGCUGGACGGGACACAGCUGCAGGAAAGCGUGUGACGCGGGCCACUGGGGCGAGGACUGCGUCCAGGCCUGCGACUGUAAGAACGGCGACGGCAGCUGUGACGCCACCACGGGCCAGUGCAACUGUGAGGCGGGGUACACGGGAGCACGCUGCCAGCACCAGUGCCCCGGCGGGACGUUCGGUCUGGGCUGUCGCCGGCGCUGCCAGUGUGACAACCAGGCGUCAUGUGACCACGUGAGCGGCGCGUGCACCUGCCGCGUCGGCUGGACCGGGAGCUUCUGUGAAAAACCCUGCCCGCAGGGCUUCUACGGCCUGGACUGCCAGGAGAGGAGUGUGUGUCUGAACGGGGGGAGAGGCGACCACGCCAGCGGUGUGUGUUCCUGCCCCGCGGGAUGGAUCGGCCCGCACUGCAAUCUGACUUGUCCGGACGGUUCCUAUGGCGACGGGUGUAACCAAAGCUGUGGCUGCCAUAACGAGGGCAGCUGCCACCCAGCCAGCGGGCAGUGUGUGUGCGCCCCGGGCUGGACCGGACCCAACUGCACAGGAGAAUGUCCCUCGGGUUUCUAUGGCGCGGACUGCCGCCGGAGGUGCCUGUGUCAGAACGAGGCCACAUGCGACAAGACAGACGGGAGGUGCGCCUGUGCCGAGGGGUGGAUGGGCUCGGCCUGUGAGCUGGAAUGUGCGGUCGGCCAGUUCGGUGUGGACUGCCAGCAGCGGUGUGUGUGUGAGAACGGAGGCCGGUGCGACAGACACUCAGGCCAGUGUAGCUGCGCUGCCGGCUGGGUGGGAGACCACUGCGAGAGAGGGUGCGAUGCGGGGCGCUUUGGCGCCGGCUGUGAGCAGAGGUGCCAUUGUGAGCAUGGAGCUCUGUGUGACCACGUGACGGGGGAAUGCCUGUGUCCCCCCGGCUGGAGAGGAAAGCUCUGUGAUAAAGCGUGUCUCCCCGGGUCGUUUGGCACGGGCUGCUCCCGGCGCUGCGGCUGUUCCCGCGGUACCUCCUGCCACCACAUCAGCGGGGAGUGUGGCUGUCCCCCCGGGUUCACCGGCAACGGCUGUGAGCAAGCGUGUCUCCCGGGAACCUACGGGCUGAACUGUAACCAGGUGUGCCAGUGUUCAGAAACCAACCAGCUCUGCCACCCGGUGUCCGGUCUGUGUUACUGCGCCCCCGGUUUCCAUGGGCCCAGAUGCAAACAAACGUGUGUAGAGGGCCGAUACGGACCGAACUGCGGCCGCGAGUGCCAGUGUGAAAACAGCGGCCGGUGCAACCCCGCCACGGGCACCUGUGAGUGCUCGGCGGGCUUCAUCGGAGCGCACUGCAACAACACCUGUCCUGCAGGGCGCUACGGCGCUGACUGUGCCCUGGUGGCCCUGUGUGUGGCGGGGGCCCACAGUAACCCGGUGUCUGGCCGCUGCGUCUGCAACCCGGGGCGGAGAGGAGAAGACUGCGGCCAUGGCUGUUCCCCAGGCUGGUAUGGUGCAGGCUGUGCCCAUCGUUGUAACUGCAGUAAUGGAGGUCUGUGUGAUCCUGCCUCUGGAACUUGUACCUGUGGACUGGGCUGGGCCGGCAAGCACUGUGAUACAGCGUGCUCCGCGGGGAGCUUCGGCGCCGGCUGCCUGCUGCGCUGCGGAUGCAGGAACAACGGGACGUGUGACCGGGUGACGGGGGCCUGCCAGUGUGGGCCGGGCUACUACGGUCACCUGUGUGAACACGGCUGCCCCCCCGGUCUCCACGGAGCCCUCUGCCUGCUGCAGUGCGACUGCAUGAACGGGGCGUCCUGUCACCCCGCCACGGGCCAGUGCGUCUGUCCUCCGGGUUACCAUGGCGCCCGCUGCCACAGAGUGUGUGAACAGGGCGCAUUCGGCCAGGGCUGCUCCCGGGUGUGUGACUGUGAGGGGGACACGCCCUGCGACCCGACCACAGGGGCCUGUCGGUGUCCUUCAGGGAAGACCGGAGCCAGAUGUGACAUCGACUGCAAGGCCAACCAGUACGGACCGGACUGCACGGAGACCUGUCAGUGUGAAAACGGGGCGCACUGUAACCAUAGAAACGGCCAAUGCACCUGUCUCAACAGUUGGAUCGGAGUCACAUGUCAAGAAGACGGACCCCUCCGUCUCCCAGAGAGAAGUAUCGUAGGAGACACGCUGGAGGAAAAUGCGUUAUAACUGCUCCAGUGAUGGGAGCCACACACCAGCCCCGCUAAGACAGACUCACCGUAGGGUUCCACCCAGGUGAGGGACAGGGCGCUGACGAGAAGACUGUUGAGGUGUUCCUGAGGGGGGGGGGGGGGGGGGGGCGGGAAGGACCCAUUUUGUGGUGGGAGUUGCGCAAAGCACCCAUGGAAAAUUUAAAACACAACACGAGGAUCCUCCACUACGCUCUGGCUGUCCUCAGGUCUAUGCACGAGACAAGAGAGCGCAUUCGCUUUACAUCGAGGAUGUCCAAUAGGUCAGAGAGCGUUCUGCUGUCCAUUUUGUCUCUAUGCUGUCCGGUUUAUGUCCAUAACAAAUGCAAAGACAGUUGAGCAUAAUAUUAAGAAUGAAAGUAUGUGAAAGUUACUCUACAUGUAUGGUGUGGCUAGCUAUAUGACACCACACUUCCACUCCAAGUGGUCAUGUUUUAAUAAUGCAAGGAAGUGGUUUGCAGCUCUGUAUGUGUAUCAAGUGAAAUCCUCCAGCUAUUGGUGCUAUGCUUCUUCACAGUGUGCAGGCCUGUGGGGCCAUACGAUGUUGUACAGUUUAAAAUACAUUUAGCACAAUGCGGUUCACCGAAUUCUUUAAAAGGAGAAGUCAGGAGGAGGCCCCUGCUUUUAGAGUAACUGGCGAUUAUCAACCGCAAUGCAUAGAUGCAUGGAGUAAAGCUUAAUAACCUUUUUUUAUAUGUAUAAAUUGCCAAGUUAUAUUUAUAUUUCACAGCUGUACACAUUUGAAUACACGUCGUUUUUGUGUUAAUGUAUAUUUAAUUGUUGAGCUAUAUUUCAUGUCCACCAAUGGGAGAAAAAUGGUCGGUAAGCCUAUGAAGUCGGUGUAUGCAACUCAUACGGGGCACAAAUAAUAAACAGUGUUGCGUCCGUUUUUUCCCAUUGUCAUUUUAAUUUCAUUAAAGAGUAAAGCUGUACAUCCUGUCUAAAUUCAGAUUCAAGCACAGUGCAGUUAGCAAUGCCUGCAAAUUAAAGAAAAAGGCUGAGGUGAUCACAACCAAAAAUAAUAAAUAUAUACAAAGGUCAAACUAUAUACAGACCCAGGGAGAUAUCUUACUCUCACUCGGAUGUCUUCAUAGAGUGAAUUUAGUCCACCAUUUGCAUUCAAUUCAGAGCAUACCUCAAUGCACACAACGAUACAAAUCAAUUGCUUAUUUUGUCAGUCUCUAUAUUGAUACAAUAUUAACAGAGGAAAUGCAGCAUGGUAAAAAUACAAAAAAAAACUUUCCCGAAUCGCUCCAACAUAAAAAAUAUAUUCUGUUUAACCUUGGAUCUUCCAUUUAAGAAGCCAUGACAUAUAAUCGGUGUGUCUGAUUUAUAUUGUCUAAAACAAAUUGUUUUGUACGUCUAAAAUAAACAAAGGUGGAGCCCCUUCAAAGCACUGUAUUUCCUGUACAUCCAUCAGUAAUCCAGGUCAGAGAGGACGCUUCACUAUUGCAGCCUUUUAAUGAAGCUUUUGAAACAUUGCUAUGAAUACGGUGCACGGUAACGCCAGCGACGGUCCAGAUGUUUCUCACAACGCAAGUGCAGGUGAUUCAGAGAUGAGCCCUGUGCAACACUGCGGGAUAGAAGGUAUA